AACACGGACGGUAGUGAAGUGCUGUUUUUCCUUGCUGUAGUUUCAGACGAGGUGGAACAACAGUGCUGUAGGGAGGAGGCGACAGCUCGAGGGAUAAACUCACAAAAGCGUGAAAAAUGAAGAAUAAAAUUGAGCACCUACGAAAAUGAGCCCGUCAAAAACCGAUUCUAGAAGAUGUGUGCGGCCGCCGCACUUCGAUAUCCUAUGGUUGCCUCGCGCAGCAAUGAGGUCCGUGGAGGGCGAUCCUUCAGACUGCGUCCUCGUCGUGGGGGUUUCCCGGCCAAAAAUGGCACUGGCCAUCCUCACCGUCAUGCUAAUAUCUCUUUUCUUGACGUUUCACAUGAUCUACGACAGCGCCCUUAACAGUUUACAAACGAAUACGCGAGAUCACACCCGUCCGCCGCUCCUUCUCUUGUCCAGAAGACUGUAUCCGGCGGCGGCGCGACGCCUUCCUCAGGCAAUCAUCAUGGGGGUGAGGAAAUGCGGGACGAGAGCGCUGCUGGAGAUGCUUUAUUUGCAUCCGAUGGUGCAGAAGGCUUCCGGAGAAGUGCAUUUCUUCGACCGAGAUGAGAAUUACAACAAAGGAUUGGAGUGGUAUAGGAUGCAGAUGCCGCAUUCCUAUCAUGGACAGAUUACGAUCGAAAAGAGUCCGAGCUAUUUCGUUACGCCGGAAGUACCGGAACGAAUCCGGGCGAUGAACGCCAGCGUAAAGCUUUUGCUAAUAGUCCGUGAGCCCGUGACCAGAGCUAUAUCGGAUUACACCCAACUCCGAGCCAACGCAGCGACAGCCCCCCCAACGAUAGCCACCCCGCCCCCCAAAUCCUUCGAGAGCCUAUCGCUCUUCCCCAACGGCUCCAUCAACGAGGCGUAUAGACCCCUGGCCAUCUCCGUUUACCAUAACUACUUACACAGGUGGCUGGAGGUUUUCCCUCGAGAGCAAAUACUCGUAGUGAACGGAGAUCUCCUCAUCGAGGAUCCCGUGCCCCAAAUCCAGAAGAUUGAGCGCUUUCUGGGACUGGAACCGAGAAUAGGCACACAUAAUUUUUACUUCAAUGAGACCAAGGGCUUUUACUGUCUGAGGAACGAGACGUCGGACAGGUGUUUGAGGGAAACCAAGGGCCGGAAGCAUCCGAGAGUCGACCCUAAUGUCGUCGCCAAGUUGAGGAGGUACUUCGGAGAGCACAAUCAAAAGUUCUACGAGCUUAUUGGAGAGGAUCUCGGCUGGCCCGAAGAAUAAUUCGGUUCAUUUCGAUGUAAAUAAUCAUUUAAGACCCGGGUCGGAGGUUCUUACGAUUUUGUAAAUACUAGGUGCUCCAUAGAGUAGGGAGCGACUCCAUGCCGAAAUCGACAAAUUUUAUUUUUACUUUUACAAAGAAUUUUGAAGAAAAUAAUAAAACAAAAUAAAAUCACAAACAAAUCGAAACUUUUUUCUAAUAAUGGCAUAAAAGUAUGUUCAUCAGACGUGGUAAAAUAUUUGCUUAAAAAUUGUCGUUAACAAAUAAAUGUUUAAAUUGAAAGAUAAGAAUUUUACAUGUUUUUAAAUCUUAAAAUUUCAGGACGAAAAUAGCUUUCAGGUU